GUCUUGGGUCUAAGUCCAAUUCUAAGAAGACCAUGGCCUGCCUGCUCUACACUCAACUGUUUUUGCUGAACACUUUCAUAUUAUUUCUGAACCUCAGCCUUAACCCUGUCCUAGGUCAGAUUCUGGCUGGCAUAGAGAAAUCUAUUAUUGAAGAAGAAGGGGCCCUAGAAGCACUGAACUUUGCUGUCAGUGAGUACAAUGAAAACAACAGUGACUUGUACCUAAGUCGUGUGGUGGAAGUGAAGACAGUGAAGACAGUCCAACAGAAGACAGAGGCUGGAAAGACCUUGUUAUUUGAUGUGAUCUUAGGCAAAACAGCAUGUUUGAAGACCCAGGAUGACUUGAGCGACUGUCCCUUAAAUGAACCGACUGAUCUGCGAGAGCGUGAAUUUUGCUCUUUUGAGGUCCUUUUACCUGACUUGGCUAAUGCUAUUAACCUGCUGAGCUCCAUCUGUAACAGAAUCUAAGUUUGUGUCAAGUGGUAUUAUGCAGAAUGUCAACCUCUCUGGCACUGCCUCAACACUCAAAUGGAUGAUCUUGCCGUGAUGGAUGUAUUUCACAUUACCAGAAUGAAAAUCAGCAGUGGAUUAGACAGCUAAGGAUAUACAAUUAUACUCAAGCAGCUGCCCCCUUCUCCUUUCCUUUCAAAUGUGCCAGUGGAUUGCCCAAAUAUGCAUGCUCAUUCCUUGCUCAAUAAAAUGUCCAACAGCUCCUUUUGUUUAACUCCAGCCUCAGUGUUUCUAAAGUAGUAGAAUUAGAAAGAGCCUAAUUUGGGCUCACGUCAUUUUGUGUAUAUCAAGUGAGGGCCUUAUAGCCUGAAUAGUAUCCAGAAUGUAGAGAUGAUAGAGAAUGUGAGGGAGUGAAAAUAAAAUUUGCUGACACAGUGACAUCUAUCAUAGAGACAGAGUAAAAAUGAGCAGUAUUGAUACACAUAUGUUGUUUUUUGGGACCACAAUGACCAACCAUCUGGGCACUGCUACUGUAGAGGCAAGAGAUGAAGGAAGUGAUUGACAAUGUUUCCCUAGGCUGCCACAGGUCAAGUUUUCAGCACCUAAAUACUUCAUGGUUGGGAAAAUGCAGUCAUUUAUGGGGAGAAACCAGAGAAGUUUCAGGGGUCUCUGGGCUUGCAACAUGGCUAAGUCAUAGAGUUCUCAGACUCUUGGAACAACUCCUGGAACCUCAGAUCCACUAGAAAUAAUGGAUGAGUCAAGAAUUUAGUCAUGGGACCCACAGGCUGAGAAUAUCCUUUAUCCUGGGAAUGAGACUGAGAGUUCUGGAUUUGCUCAUUGGUGAUUGUCCUUAGCUUGGGAGAGGUAUACUAGAAGCACAUGGGAGUUUUAUAUGGGAAUUCUAGCUGAGGCUUUUUAGGUAGAGCCCUUUUCCAUAUUUGGCAUGGCAGCAGUAGAUUAAACAGUUAGUCUAUGGUUCUAAAUUGUUUAUUGAUGGUUCAUGACAGAAAAUGCAUAUAUACCCUCCUUCUCAGGAUCUAAUGAGAAAUUAAAUAACUUUUUCUUAGA